CCUUUGUCAAAGCGGCUAACAGACGGCUUAACUACGCCGUCAGGGGAGACGUUAUGUGAAAGAGCGGUGAUCUUCGGCCGGAAAAUAACGGAAAUGGUAACGGUGCCAGUUGCAGCUAAAAGCCUAAAACCACCUGGUCAAUAUCAGUCAAAGAAGAUGUUAUCUCUUUCUCCCUUUUAAAACCCCUUCCAUCUCUUCUCUCGAAGCCGAGACAAAGGACGAAAACCGGUUUCCAUGCACGAAACUCGUUUCGGACAUUGAAACCGUCCGAAACCCGUUUUGUUCUCCUGCAAAUCGCAGAGCUUUCAUGGCGGAUGAUAAGAGCCUCGGAGCUCCAAAAGAAGAAAAGAGAGUGAGAGAAGAAGAAGAAGAAGGAUCGAAAGUAGACGAAGAAGAAGAAGAAGACGAAGAGUUAGAAGAAGAGAAGCCUCUUCCCAAGUUACAGGAGUCACUGCCUUGUGUAUCUGUUCCUGAUUCUUCUUCGCUCGAAGUUGAGCUCAGAGGCCAGAGUUCUCAGUCAGAAACCCUAGUGGUACCACCGCCGGUUCCAUCGUCUGAGAAGGCUCAUGGCCCUGGUUGUCGUACUUUCUCUCAGCUGCUCGCCGGUGCGAUGGCUUCCCCCACGGCGAAUUCGACGGCAGCUUCAUCCAAUCCAAUGGUUCCUACUGUUCCUGUCGAUCCGACAGGGUUUCCGAUGGUCUGCUCGCCAGUGUCACUGGAUCCAGCGGGGUUCAAGGGACAAUUUGGGAUGUCCCAUCAAGAAGCCUUGGCAAGUGUAACUGCUCAAGCUCAAGCUCAGAAGCAGCUUCAAAUUGUGCAUCCAUCAUCUUCUGCAGAGUUAUCACCAACUUCUGUUCCACAGUCCAUGCCAUCUGAACCAAGUCCAGCUCCACAAGAACAAAAAGUUCCACCCUUGCCGCAAGAAACUGAUAUCUGUACAUCGGAACUGGACUGCCAGAACUCAGAUCGGAAAACUAAAUCUUCUCAUAUGGUUACGAAGACACCCACUAGUGAUGGCUAUAAUUGGCGGAAGUAUGGGCAGAAGCAGGUGAAGAGUACUGAGAGUUCUCGAAGCUAUUACAGAUGCACAUAUUCUAAUUGUCAUGCUAAGAAGAAGGUUGAGCGCUGUGAUCAUACUGGCUUUGUGACUGAAAUUAUUUAUAAAGGUCGGCAUAACCACGAUCCACCUCGGAAGAUUAGAUGCACCAAAGCACGGAGGUUUGUAUCAUCUGCUAGUCCUGUUGGAGAGAGUGAAACCAUAGACAAUCCAGUCAAAAAACUAGAGUCGGAUCCAUCUACACCUAAAAAAGAACUCAGAGAGGCAAUAGUGCCAACACCUGAAAAGAAAAGACCCAUUUCAAGUGCUUCUAAUGGAAGAGAUGACAUGAAGGCUGAGGGAGAGCAUGUAGAUGAACAGGAUGCUAAACGGAGGAUAAAGGACACUGGUGCAGCAUACUCAACUCCACUGUUUAAGACAGUGAAAGAGCCUAAGAUAGUUGUGCAAGCAGCUGGUGAUGUAGGGAUCUCAGGCGAUGGCUACCGGUGGCGCAAAUAUGGUCAGAAAAUGGUAAAGGGAAAUCCUUACCCAAGGAGCUACUACAAAUGCACAUCUGCUGGGUGCCCUGUGCGGAAGCAUGUAGAGAGGGCUACAGAUGACACAAGUGCUAUCAUAAUAACAUACGAGGGAAAACACGAUCACGACAUGCCAGUACCAAAGAAACGCCAUGGCCCACCAAGUGCUGCCCUUCUUAUUGCUGCAGCAGCUGCCAUGAAUAGUGCACAAAUAAAGAAGUCUGAAGCUUUACCAAAUCAAAGAGCUUCAACCCAGUGGUCAAUGGACAUAGACAGUGAUUUGAUUGGAGAAAAGGCAUUAGAACUCGGGGGUGAGAAAGCAUUAGAAUCAGCUCGAACUCUUUUAAGCAUUGGAAUUGAAUUGAAGCCCUGCUGAAGCCAGGUAAUCAGGGAAACUAGAUAUGCACCUUUCUCCUGCACCUGUGUCACCUUAAUGGCUUUCUGGUUUGAUGAAAUUUUGGUUCCCUUACCCAUUUCUUUUUUACGAGUGUUCUUUCAUCUUUGUUUUAGGCUUUUAGCUUAGUCUUUUAUGUAAACAAUUAUGUAUAUCCGGUCUUGUACAUUCUCUUAGCUUGUUUGAAUCGAGCUAAAAGCAUCAUGACAUUUAUAGGAUUGCCAGGGUUCAAAUAAUGACGGAGUUACUUAAGGUUGAAAGUUGACAUAUUGAUUUGCUACCGGAUAAAUGCCAUUAUAAAUAUUGCAGGUCAAUAAUAAUCAGCACCUGUAAUAUCUCAUCAGAGUGGAGAAUAUGUUUAUACGGUGUGA